AUGCCUGAGACCUGCUGCUCCGCCUUCUUUCGGAAAGGUUCCCAGCGGUUGGUGCGCACCACCGCAGAUGGGCCGCUGCCGCCGAAGGAUGCGCUGAAGCUCCUGAAGGAAGGCAACGACCGCUUCGCCAGCGGCAAGAUGCUGGGCGCCUGCACCGAUGCGAGCAUGCGCAAGGCCUUGGUGGAGCAAGGCCAAGCGCCCCACACGGCCAUCAUCGGCUGCGCGGACUCGCGGGCACCCCUGGAGGCGGUGUUCGAUGCCAUGCCCGGCGACAUCUUCGUGCUGCGCAACGCCGGCAACACCUGCACUCACUCGGAGGGCAGCAUGGUGGGCAGCCUCGAGUUCUGUACAGGUGCCUUGGGCAGCCGACUCAUCGUGGUGCUCGGCCAUACGAAGUGCGGGGCCAUCAACGGCGCCACGAAGGCGUUCUUCGAUGGGAAGACGGCGCCGCCGGCAGCGACCUCUUCGGCGCUGCAGGGCUUGCUGCAGGACUUGGGCAGCGUGGCGGAGCAGGCCGCGCAUGACAUGGGCCCCCACGCAGAGCAGGAUGCGGUGGCCGCGCACGCGGUGAAGGUGAACGUGUUCCACACCAUCGACUUCCUCCUGAAGUUUUCGGAGUCCAUCCGGGAGAAGGUGAAGUCUGGCCAGGUGGAGAUCCAGGGAGCGGUGUACCAGCUGGACACCGGGCGAGUGGACUUCAUGGGCCGCUCCCCGCGGCAGCAGGAGCUGCUGUCCUGCAAGGUGAACCUCCCGCCCUCCAUGUCCGCCACUGGCAGCGUGCAGGCCAAGCAUGGAGUGCGCACCACGGAGGACCCCAUCGUUCCGGCUGCGGAGGCCUUGAAGCUGCUGAAGGCCGGCAACGACCGCUUCGCGGUGGGCGCCUCCGUGGCUCCGACGGCGACCAGCGCCCAGCGCCAGGCGCUGGUGAGCCACGGCCAGGCGCCCCACAGCGCCGUGCUGGGCUGCGCGGACAGCCGCGUGCCGGUGGACACGGUGUUCGACGCCGUCCCCGGCGACGUCUUCGUGCUGCGCAACGCCGGAAACACGUGCACCCACGCGGAGGGGAGCAUGGUGGGCAGCCUGGAGUUCGCCGUGUCCAAGCUGAAGUCGCGGUUGAUCCUGGUGCUGGGCCACACCAAUUGCGGUGCCAUCGCCGGCGCAGCCAGCACCUUCAUGAACUCGCCGGGCGCCAAGGCUCCUGGCUCAGCGCUGGAGGGCCUGCUGAUGGACCUCACCACAGUCGCCAAGAAGGCCAGCGAAGAUCUGGCGCCCGGCGCCAGCUUGGAGGAGCUGGCCAGCCACGCUGUGAAGGUCAACGUUUUCCACUCCAUGAACUUCCUCAUUCAGCACAGCGAGACGCUGCGCGCCAUGGUGAAGACCGGCGAGUUGGAAAUCCAGGGCGGCAUCUACCACCUGGCCACGGGCCGCGUGGAGUUCCUGGGGCGGUCCCCGGUGCAGGCGGAGGUCUUGGCCUCCUGCGAGCAGCUGCCGCCCUCCAUGGCCGGCGCGCUCACCAUCCGCACGCCAGGCAGCGGCCCUGUGAAGCCGGAGGCGGCGCUGCAGCUGCUGCAGGCGGGCAACCUGCGCUUCACCAGCGGCACAGCGCUGGCGGGGAAGAUCACGCCCAUCAUGAGGAAGGCGCUGGUGGUGGAGGGCCAAGCCCCUCACACGGCCAUUGUGGGCUGCGCCGACUCCCGCGCACCUCUGGAGACGGUCUUCGACGCCAUGCCCGGCGACAUCUUCGCGCUGCGCAACGCCGGGAACACCUGCACACACGCAGAGGGCAGCAUCUUGGGCAGCCUCGAGUUCUGCACGGCGGCCCUGGGCAGCAAGUUGAUCCUGGUCUUGGGCCACACCAGCUGUGGAGCCAUCAAGGGCGCCACCAAGGCAUACCUCGCGUCCAAGGCGGGCAAUGCACCGCAAGUCAGCAAGGCCCUGGACGCCCUGCUGAACGGCCUCAGCGUGGUGGCGGGCAAGGCCCACUAUGAGCUCGGCCGCAACGCCACUGAGGAACAGAUCGCCGAGUUGUCGGUGAAGCUGAACGUGUUCCACACCAUCGACUUUCUGCUGCAGUACAGCGCCGUGGUGCGGGAGAAGGUGGGCAAGGGCGAGGUGGACAUCCAGGGCGGCAUCUAUGACCUUGAGAGCGGCAAGGUGGAGUUCCUGGGCCGCAGCCCCAACCACGCGCGCCUCCUGCGCUGCGCGGCCUCCUUGCCCCCGUCCCUGCACUGA